AUGCGAUGCGCGAGCAAGGCCGCCGAGAGCGCGUCCGCACGUCUCUGUGCGGACGCCGAAGCAGAAACCACAGCAACUGAUGUCUCAUCGGUUGCUGAAGUGACUCAGCCUGUGUCACUUGGUGAUACAGGCGCUAGUCAUGAAGACACUCAUGUCUUCACAAUGUAUGAGAUCGGUGUCUCAUACUCUCCUGAUACGGAAGACGGAUCCGUAUCGGCGGCGAUCGAAUCUAAGCCGCCGGCCAAGCGUGGCAUGGAUGAUGCUAUGCAUCGUAGCAUCUUUGGUUCAUCUGAUGAAUCAGAUGAACCACCGCCGAAGCGAAGGCGCUCGAGGUCGCGAGACUCGGGCGCUAACAGUGGUGUCGGUUCUCCUAUUGACACCACUUCACAGCGAGGUGCCAGUACUUAUGUCGGCACGUCGCAGGAAGAGCGGGACCGCAAUGUGUUGCGUCUCGCUCCUGAAAAGAAGGCAUGGAUGCCUCCUAAAUCCGUCAUGGAUCACUUGUCGGCGACGACGAGUGAUCGUUAUCGAACACGGUUGUUCGAUUCGUCAAGGAUCCAUCACCUUGACCCCAGCGCGAAAGACUAUCGCGCUGAACAUGAAUUCUUCAUCGAUGCUUUCUUCAAACAUCGAUGA